ACGGAACAACUUUGUCUUGAGCUCUGAGCUAGACUUGGAAUCAUUUUCGUGUCGGGUUUCGUGCCGUGAGUACUAGUAUAGGUCAUAUCUUUUAUCUGUACACGAGAGUUGUUGGCUUGCGCUGGUUCGGUUACGUACUUGGCAUUAACCCUCAAUCAUCACACACAGGUAUCUUCAUACGAGGUAUAGCGCAUCAGCAAGGACAGGAGGACAGUAUGGAUCUAUCAAAGAUAUCAGGCCUUGGUUUCGUGGGAUUAGGGGCCAUGGGACUCCCCAUGGCCGGCCAUCUCGCGUCCAAGCUGCCCGAGAACAUCCAAAUCUUUGUGUUCGAUAUCAACCAAGCAAGUGUUGAUCAGCUAUGCAACGACUACCCGAAGAGAGUGGUCAAAUGUUCAAGCGCAAAGGAAGUGGCAGACAAAUCAGAAAUCAUUCUGACUAUGCUUCCGGAGGGCAAGCAUGUUCGAUCAGUAUACAUGGAAGGGGGUUCUGACACGAUUUGCUCGAGCGAUGUUGCCGGCAAAUUACUCAUCGACUGCUCAACAAUCGAUACUGCCAGCAGUCUUGCAGUCAAGGAUUACAUCAAAGAGAAAUUUCCCACGACUUCAUUCUAUGACGCACCAGUCAGUGGCGGUGUGGUGGGAGCUCAGAAAGGGACGAUAGCAUUCUUCUUAGGAUGUGAUGGAGCGGAUCCUAACCUGCCUCAACUCAUCACUCUCCUGAAGAUGAUGGGCAAAGAAGUAAUCCCCUGCGGUGGGCCAUCCAAGGGACUGGCCGCCAAACUCUCCAACAAUUACCUAUCAGGCAUCAUUGCCAUUGCCGUCUCAGAAGCGAUGGACAUGGGGAUGCGAUCAGGACUGGACCCCAGAGUGCUGUACAAGGUGUACGGGGCGGGUACGGCGCAGAACACUAUUUGUGACAGAUUCUGUCCUGUGCCCGGAGUGUAUCCGGAGGCUCCAUCGUCGAAAGGCUACACCAACGGAUUCAAGGUGCAGCUGAUGCGAAAAGAUUUCAAUCUGGCUUUGGAAAUGGCCAAGCGGGUAGGCGCAAAGAACGUCCUCGGCGAGGCUGGAUUGGCGACAUAUGAGGGUGCAAGCAACGACCCUAAUUGCAGGGAUCUGGACUCCAGGGUAGUGUAUAGGUAUCUCGGGGGUAGAGAGGAUUGGCAGAAAGAUGCCGACGAGGCUACGGCCAGCAAGCUGACAUAAUGCGGUUUCCAUAGACGCAAUCAGACAGCAC